AUGGCUGCCACAAACCACGGGGCGUCAGUGCCGGAUAUCGUAGCCAUCGGCCCCGAGCGGGAAAACAUCGCCGAAUGGCAGCAGCGAUGCAGUAUCGACAAAAAUAAGCAGAUACGUCUAGUGAAGCUGGCGCACAUGCGCUAUCAACAUCCUGAUCUGGACCAAAUCACGACAUUCCUUCAAGAUUUUGGCAUGACUGUGGCCAAGAGAACAGAAGAUCAAAUUUGGUAUCGCGGUUAUGGCGUUGACCAAUAUGUCUACUAUGCUCGAAAGGGACCGAAGGAGUAUCUCGGUGGCACAUUUGCCGUGGAAUCAUACGAAGACCUGGAGAAAGCCGCCCAGCUUCCAACAGCCACCAAGAUCCAAGAACUUUUAGAUGCACCCGGAGGCGGCUUUUUGGUGACUCUGAAGGACCCCGAGGGAUUUCCCGUCAACUUGAUGUUUGGACAGACGCCUGCCGAAAAGGGCGCCUUCCCAGAGAAGCUCACCAUCAACUAUGAAGAAGAAAAACCGCGAGUUCGGAGAUUCCAGCGAUUCAACCCUGGUCCAGCAGCUGUCCACAAGGCACGUCUUGGCCACUUUGGCGUUUGCACACAGCAGUUUGAAGAUCUUGUCACUUUCUACACGACAACGUUCAACAUCGUACCCACCGAUUUCCUAUACGUGGAAAAAGAAGGCAAGAAGCAAAACGUCGCGCUCUUCGCACAUAUCGACCGUGGCAACGAGCACGUCGACCACCACAGUUUCUUCAUGAGCACAAACACCACAACACACGCUCACCAUUGCUCAUUCGAAGUGCAUGAUUUUGAUACGCAGAAAUUGGGACACCAGUGGCUCGCAGACAAGAACUACAAGUCUGUAUGGGGUGUCGGUCGGCAUAUUUUGGGGUCUCAGAUCUUUGAUUACUGGUGGGAUACUACUGGCAACAUGAUCGAGCACUAUGCGGAUGGAGAUCUGGUGAAUGAUCAGACCCCUAUUGGCUAUGGUCCCGCUGGAGAUGAGUCUCUGGCUGUUUGGGGACCGGAGGUUCCAGCUUGGUUCUUGAAAUAG